CAUUCAAGUUAUUUUUAUUUACGGUCCGAAUUUCGAGCAUUAUUAUUUUCCUUAUUUCGCAUUCGCCGUCCCAGUUCAUAAUCCCAGCGGGUACAAUGACCGACUCCCUGUCGGGCUGUUUCACGUGCAUGCGAAGAACGGAUAAUUUCCUGCGAAUCUGCGACGAUUCCAACACCGAAUGUGUGGACCAGAUUCUGGCGAGGCAUUUCUGGUUCGAGAGAAGUGACUUUGAGGUUUCCGUCCUGUGCACUAGCUGCUGGGAAAAGAUUGAUGCGUUCCACAAGUUUUACUGCGAGGUUGCCGAUCUACACCACAGCGACGUUCUACGGCAGGUACAGGUGAAAGUGGAAACCAACGGGAGGAGUGAAAAUGAUCCGCAAUCCCAAACGCCCAAAGUUAGAAGGGGUCGUAAGCGGAAACAAUCACUGGAAGACGGAGAGGUAGAAAAUAAAGAGGGGGACCAGUUCCCUGUACCAGUACUGGUAAAACUAGAGGUCGGUGAUCAGGAGCAAUCGGCGGUUGAAACUGUAAUCGAUGAAAUAAGUCAACCAAAAGUUGAAUUCGACAACGAGGCAACUGAUUCAGAUCCAUCUAAUGAAGAUAGUUCAUUCAGUAAUGAGGUGGACAGCACGGAGGAAGAAUCUGACGAAGAAUCAUCUAAACCGAUUGCUGCCAGAAGACGGCCUAUCGCACGAAAUACCCCACGUCGUCGGCGGAUUCAGAAAAAACCAGCGCGGACUUCAGCCGACAAGGAUGCUUUGAUUCGGAAACAUCUGGAUAAACUACCCUGUGGGCAGUGUGACGAAGUUUACAUCACAUUCACAUCACUGGAGAAGCACUGUCGAAAAAUUCACGAUACACUGGCAACGGUCAUCUGUUGCAAUCGACAGUACCAGAAACAGGUCAACCUGUACGAGCAUCUGCUUCGGCACAAGAAUAUUUACAAAUUCCAUUGUAAAGAGUGCGAUCGUUGUUUUAAGAACGCAGACGGGCUCAUCAUGCACAAUAUGCUUCACCAUACGCCGGAGGAAAAUAAACGGUUUCGGUGCAGCCAGUGCUGCAAAGCGUUCGCGGCGGAAAUACUGCUGACGAGUCACUUGAACUGGCACGCCACCGUUGAACCGAGAAAUAUCGUAUGUGAAAAAUGCAAUAAGUAUUUUACAAAUACUAAACGGCUUGAGAAUCAUGUGGCAACCCACCACCCGGAACAGAUGAUACCGGAAACCUUCCCUCCAACAUCUGCAGAACCCGCAUACCAUUUGCAGCAGCAGCUCAAACCGAGUGAACCAACCGAUACAACUGACGGGUCAGAAUUAUUAAAACUCGAACCCGGAGUCGUAGACAGUGAACCGAACGAAAAUUCCAUCCGAAAAUCAGGCGAACUUGCUAAACCUUUUCGCCGCAAAACUCCCGAAGAGUUGGCCAAAGAGGACGAACUGAUUCGAAAAUAUUGUGCGUUAAACUGCGAGCAUUGUGAUUUCUCUGCGGACACGUUUAGCAAACUGGAACUGCACUACAAAAAUGCUCACGACGAACGGGGAUAUGCGAGUUGCUGUCUGCGUAAGUUCGGCAAGAAAAGCCGCCUGUACGAGCACGUUUGUGUGCACGAGAAUCCUGAACACUUCAAGUGUGAGAUUUGUGCUAAGACCUUCCUCAACAGCUUUGGGCUGGCCAAUCACAUGAUGUGGAAGCAUACUCCGGACUCGGAAAAGCCGUUCAGUUGUGACGUGUGUGGGAAUCGGUUCUGGAAAGAUUACCUGUUGAAGCAGCACAUGGAGUACCAUUUGGCACUGGAGGAAAAAAAGUUUGCUUGUAAGGAAUGCGAUCGGCACUUCGGGACCAAUUUAUUGCUCAAAUCACACGAGCAAACGGUACACGGGUUGAGCGCCAGCUGGGUGUGCGAUAUUUGUGCUAAGGGUUUUCCCUUGAAAUCAGCCCUUGAAUUUCAUCGGCAACAGCACACGCAGGAGGGUCGUGCGGCUAUGAAGGCACAGUGUGAACACUGCAAACUGUGGCUAAAGAAUGUCCGCAGUCUUCGAAGUCACCGAAAGCGUUGCAAUUCCAAUCCAGUCAGUUGCGAACUUUGCGGAAGAGAGUGCUCCAACAUAUACGCGCUGCAGGGUCACAAAAAGUUCGUCCACUCGGGUACUCCAGCCUACUCGUGUUCAUUCUGUGCGAAACCGUUCAAGCGGUUGCUUCGGCUUAAGGAACAUGAAGCCGGUCACACCGGGGAAUUGCUGUACAAGUGCGAAUACUGUCCUCGCACGUGCAACUCUAGCUCCAACAUGUACACUCACAAGAAGGUUGCUCAUCCGGAACAGUGGGCGGAAAAGAUGGCUCAUCGGUUCCAUCAGCGGUAACUUUUUGUCGUUGUCGUGGCUGGUGCUUUGAUGACAUCUGUAAUAUAAUUUUAUGUGUUCAUCGAAA